GAGGCAACGCAAAACACCGUUUACGGUGAGUUUCAGAGCUCGAAAUCGCUACCGACAUGAUGAUGUUAACUAAUGGUAAAUAGGUGGAUAAAAUAUUGUGGAAAAAUAUGGUGCACGACGAUUUACGAGUGGAGUGGAUCCGACAGCGGGUGUCUGCUGGGUUUAAUUUAAGGAAAUGUCCCGACUGUUUCGAUGAACUGCUCAGUCGGAGAGAUGGAGAAGAAGAAGAGAAAAUUAUCCGUUAUUUGAACUUCGUCUCCGAGGAAGACUCUCCAUCGUGUCUUCUGUUUUUCAAAACUGUUAGAGAGGAAGAACGUGAAGUCGAAGUUCCCGUCGAAAAGAAAACUGGAGAUCCUGACCCAAGUGGGGCAGAGAACAUCACCGACUUCAUUACAAAUGAUGAUAGGGACAGUCAUAGGACUGAGAUAAAUCUGGUCUAUCACACUGAGCUUCACGUAGCUGUCAACCAGUACCCACAGAGAUUUUUGAAAUCUUGUGUCUUCUACUUUCUCAGGAACACAAAGGAGACUAUUGUUGAACCACUGGACAUGAAUGAGGUCAAUAUCAUGAUGCCCUCGCUGUUUGACAUCGGCAUGCAUUGUGGAAACCCUCUUCAGGUGCUGCAAAGCAAACUUGCCCACGUCUAUAUACCCAUGCUUACUGCCAACCAAAUGGCAGUAGCUGGAGCAGGUGAUCAAAGUGAGGAAGUUUCUCAUCAGGAGAAGAUGAAUGGGAAGAGUGAGGCAGAUGAAACAAAGAGUUUAGUGAAGCCAAGUGGACAAUUUAUUGUUCGUGAUGAGUUGCUCAACAGAACGCAUAAACAUUUGGGACUGCUGAACACGACUCUCCAACACCUUCAGCUUGAAGAUGGGAUUUUACUGCACAUUCCUGAGCUGGAGUUGGAAGACCUGCCUUCGAAUCCAGAGAUGGUAGAAAGCUUGGAGCAGUGCUUGAUGAACUGGCAAACGCAAAUAACCAUUGUUAUUGAGGAGCAGAAAAACAAAAAACCACAGGCGCCUGGUCCUUUGGCUGAGAUAGCACUUUGGCAGGAACGUGCGUCUGUCCUUAAUGCUCUGAGUGAACAGCUUAAUCAUCCUGCAGUAGGGAAGAUCGUGGAGGUGAUGACCAAAGCAGGUGCAGGCAUUGUUCUUACACUGGAGGGAGCGAUUGCUGAACUUACUAAAUACCGUUUGGAGUCAGAUGAGAAUUUACGCUUCCUCAAGACACUAGAAAGGCAUUUCAUGAAUCUGGCUACUGGAGCAAAUUUUGGUGUGAUCUUGGAGACCAUCCCUCCUUUAAUGGAGAGCCUGCAAAUUGUAUGGAUGAUCUCCUACCACUAUAACACGAACGAUUGUAUGGUCCCCUUAAUGGAGCGAAUUGCCUGGCAGCUGUGUGAACGUGUGACUCAAGCCAUAGAUGUCCACACGCUGUUCAAAAACAACAGGGAAGUUGCCAAAUCCAAGGUCUACGAAGCUAAGCAGGUUUUAAGUCAGUGGAAGACAUCCUACUUUGAGAGGCGUGCUGAAAUUGAGCAAUUAAGCAAGGCUUCACGUUGGGAGUUUGACCGUAAGAAACUGUUUGAGAAGACUGAUUACAUUGCUUCUGUCUGCCAGGAUCUGUACAAUGUUUUCCAGAUUUUGGAGGAGUUUUACAAUAUCUUUGGCCCAGAGCUAUUGAGUGUGACAGGUGACACAAAACACAUUGAUGAAGUGCACCGCACAGUGGAAAAUCUGGUUGUGCCCCUUGAGGAGGCUGUUUUUAGUCCUUUCAACAUCUCUAAGAUGAGCAGCUGGAAAAUGAUCAUGCAAGACUUCAACACGGCGGUUCAGGCUAUUGAGGCAGAAGCGAUGCACUUUAUUGAUGAGUCUUUUAAGACACUGCGCUCUUCAACUGAUGCCUUUGACAUGCUGCUGAAGUUUAAACACAUUCGCACCAGAGAGGUCAUCAGUAACCAUCUGAUGAAAAAGCUUGACGAUAUCUUGGAGCAGUACUGCAAGGAGGUGGACAGGACACGGGAAAUUUUUGAGACAAUGAAAGACAAACCACCGUUAAAUAAGAAUGAGCCUCCUGUGGCUGGGGCAAUCAGAUGGACACGAUUUCUAUUCCAUCGCAUCAAAUAUGCCAUCCUCCCCUUCUUGAAAGUGCCGGAGAUGUUGGACUGUGAAAAGAACAAAGUGUUUGCUCAGGCCAGAGAGAAGUAUGUAGGAAUGGCAGAGCAGCUGAAGGACUAUGAGGCAGCAAAAUAUGAAAGCUGGAUGGCGGAGACAGAACAUAAUUUGCCUUUGCUAAUGAAAAAACCCAUUUUGGCCAUGGUUACCAGUAAAAACUCAACCCAAACAGAACUAGAUGUCCCGCCACCUGAAAGUUGCACACCAAAGGCUUUGCGAUACAUUGUGAACUUUGCUCCGGAGAUUAAAGAAAUCAUUUCUGAGGCUUACAGUCUUGAAGCCCUGGGCUACACUGUGCCUGAUCUAGCUCAAAAUGUUGCACUUCAGGAAAACAAAUUCAUCAGGUAUGUCAGUGAUCUGAGCAAGCUUAUCAACCGCUAUCACUCUGCAUUGGACAGUUUGAAUGAAGCACAUGUCGUCAUGCUGGCUCCACAUAUAAAAGUAGUCAAAAAAGACAUCAGUUUGGGAUUCAAAAGACUCAACUGGAAUUCCUUGGGCAUCCCGGAUUUCAUCAACCAAAGCCUUCAGACUGUAACUAAGUUUGAGUUUGUCGUCAAUCAGAUUCAUGAACAUGAGAAGGCUAUUGAUUCUAAGUUGCAGUCCAUGAUGAUGGCCAACUUACUGAAAUUUCCAUCACCAGAUGCCUCAAACGACUUACCAGCUAUUAAGGAGUUCUGUGAACACAUUGAGCGAGAGCGAGUCAAAACUGUGACGAUGCUUGCCAAGAAGUAUGCUGACAUUGGAGUCCUUAUAACUAGCAUAGAACAGCUGAGUGUGGAAACCAGCACUGGCAGAGCCAAAUGUAUGGUAGAUUAUUACCAACACUGGGAACACAGAAUACUGGACACUCUUACAAAGAUGGUGCAGAGAAACAUUCAGGCCUUUAAUAUGGCGCUGAUGGGAGAUAAAGCUCUAUUUCAAAUCACCGCCAUCCUGUCUGCACCUAAGAUUGUGUUGCAGCCCCAAAGCAACGAGAUCUACCGCCUGCUCGUGCAGUGUAUCACAGACUGUGUAGUUAGCACCAAGCAAUUUGUGCGUUGGAUGCAUGGGACCUGCAUUAAGUGCCCUCCACAACAUGUGGGUGCUGAAGAUAAGCUGGUGACAUUUAAUUUCUACAGUGACCUGUCCCAGCUUCCUCAGAUCAAGGAGAGCUGUGUAACUGUAUCUCAGAGUAUCCAGCGUCUGCUUUUCUCCAUUGAUCAGUACCUUUACCACUGGAAGCGCUAUCGGGUUCUUUGGGAAAAGAACAGAACCAUCGUCAAUGAAAAGUUUGCUGCAAGGAAGCCGUCCUUUGUCAUGUAUGAUUAUAAGCUGCAGUCCCUUGCUCGUAUCAAGCAGGAAGUGAUGCUCGAGCCUCAGUUUAAGAAUGAGCACAGCGUAUGCCUAAACCUGGAACUUCUGGCCCACACUGUGAGCGAAAUUGCUGAAGCCUGGAUCAGUUCACUUGGUAGCUUACUCAACAAGCCUGCUAAAGAGGACCUCUUUAACUUGAGAGAUGAAUUCAUGCAACUGUCUAAGAAGCUGAAACAGAGUCCUGACACUUUUGACGACCUGAAGUCUGUCCUUGGCACCAUCUCAGCCAUCAAGAACAUGUCAUUAGAAGUGGAGAUGAGAAUCACAGAUAUCCAGGAACAAUACAGAACACUGGCCAUGUAUAAAGUGGAGGCAGGUGAGGAUGAAUGGGAGCUGGUGGCCUGCAUUAGCCAGAUGUGGAGUGACCUUUUCAUAGAAGCCAGACAAGUAGACCGAAGUCUGAAAGACGUCAAGAAAUCAUUUACUGUGAUCACAAAGGAGAAUAUCGAAGAGUUCAAACAGGAGUUGUUUGUCUUUGCCGAAAGCUUCAACAUGCAUGGUCCUGGAGCUGUAGGAGAUGAUUUGGAGAAAGGACUGGCCAUUAUGGGAAAAUACAAGGCAGAUCUUGCAAAGAUUGUAGCAGGUCAGCAGGAAAUAACUAAUGCUGAGAAGCUGCUGGACUUGUCAGUCACCACUUUCCCAGAAGUUCUGAACAUAAAGAAUGACAUGAAUGGCUUGAGACAGAUAUAUGAUAUAUAUAAAGCUCAGCAGGAUGCAAAGACACAGUGGUCUCAGACCUUGUGGAUAGAUUUAGACAUCCAGCUGCUACAACAGGGCAUUGAGGGUUUCAUCAAACGCUUAAGGCUGCUGCCCAAAGAAGUGCGGGCCAUGCCUGUGGCCUUUUUCCUAGACGGACGCAUGAAGGAGUUCAGAGAGUCUCUGCCUCUUUUACUGGACCUGAAGAAUGAGGCCCUCAGAGACAGGCACUGGAAGGAACUGAUGGAAAGGACUGGCACCAGCUUUGAGAUCAACCCUGAAAGCUUCACACUGGAGAACAUGUUUGCUAUGGAGUUGCACAAAUAUGCAGAUGUCAUAGGCGACAUUGUCACCUCGGCUGUAAAAGAGCUUGGUAUUGAGAAGGGAGUAAAAGGAGUGGUAGAGACCUGGGAAAACAUGAAGUUCAAUGUUCAGCCCUAUUUCAAAGGCACUCAGGAACGUGGCUCCAUUCUGGGUGCAGUGGAUGAGAUCCUGCUGAAUGUGGACAAUGAUGCCAUGAACUUACAGAGCAUGGCUGGCAGCCGCUUUGUUGGACCCUUCCUUGGUACCAUACAGCAGUGGGAAAAAAAUCUGUCUCUUAUUUCUGAGACUAUUGAGGUCUGGUUGCUCGUGCAGAGAAAAUGGAUGUACUUGGAGAGCAUAUUUAUAGGAGGAGACAUUCGCUUGCAGUUACCUGAGGAAGCAAAGAAAUUUGAUAACAUUGACAAAAGGUUUAAAGACAUAAUGAAUGACACAGUGAGGAAUCCAAACAUUAAGCGCUGUUGCCUGAGAUUUGGAGGAGAGGAGUUGUGCAUAAAGGUGGAUUGGAUGUUGCUGUACCAGGGCAUGGUUGUACUAGCUGCUAACCAAGUUUGGUGGACCUGGGAGUUAGAGGAUGUCUUUAAAAAUGUGAAGAAAGGAAAGAAGCAUGCACUUAAGAACUAUGCUGAGAAAAUGCACAAACAGAUUGAUGAGCUGGUGUCACGCAUUAUUCAGCCUUUGAAGAAAAAUGACAGACGAAAGCUCAACACUGUGCUCAUCAUUGAUGUCCACGCAAGAGACAUAGUGGACAGCUUUGUGCUAAAAAGCAUAAUGGAUGCACAAGAAUUUGAAUGGGAAAGCCAGCUGAGAUUUUACUGGGUCCGGAAAGAUGACAACUUAUUUGUGCGCCAGUGCAGUGCAUCUUUCUCCUAUGGCUACGAAUACAUGGGGUUGAAUGGGCGGUUGGUUAUAACCCCACUGACAGACCGGAUCUACCUCACUCUCACACAGGCACUGUCCAUGUACUUGGGUGGAGCUCCUGCUGGACCUGCUGGUACAGGAAAGACAGAGUCCACCAAGGAUCUGGCUAAGGCUUUGGGCCUGCUCUGUGUUGUUACAAACUGUGGUGAGGGCAUGGACUACUUGGCAGUGGGCAAGAUCUUGUCUGGCCUUGCACAGUGCGGAGCUUGGGGCUGCUUUGAUGAGUUCAAUCGUAUCGAUGCCUCAGUGUUGUCAGUGAUCUCCUCCCAAAUCCAGACUAUCCGCAAUGCUCUCAUUCUACACCUUAACAGGUUUCAUUUUGAAGGGCAAGAGAUCAACUUGGAUGACCGCAUAGGAAUUUUCAUCACUAUGAACCCUGGUUACGCAGGACGUACAGAGCUGCCUGAAUCCAUCAAAGCUCUCUUCAGGCCUGUGGUGGUCAUUGUGCCGGACCUGCAGCAGAUUUGCGAGAUUAUGCUCUUCUCUGAGGGUUUCCUAAUGGCCAAGGUGCUGGCAAAGAAAAUGACCGUACUGUAUAAGCUGGCUCGUGAACAGCUGUCCAAGCAGUCUCAUUAUGACUUCGGCCUGCGCGCUCUCAAGUCUGUCCUAGUGAUGGCAGGAGAGCUGAAGAGAAGCUCACCUGAGCUGAGCGAGGAUGUGGUGUUGAUGCGGGCUCUCAGGGACAUGAACCUACCCAAGUUUGUGUUUGAGGAUGUCCCUCUGUUCCUCGGGCUGAUCUCAGACCUGUUCCCUGGGCUUGAUUGCCCCCGUGUUCGCUAUCCCAACUUCAAUGAUGCUGUGGAACAGACCCUGGAGGACAAAAAAUAUGUCAUACUACCCAACCAGGUGGAUAAAGUGGUGCAGAUGUAUGAGACAAUGAUGACACGGCACACUACAAUGAUUGUGGGUCCAACAGGUGGAGGAAAAUCAGUGGUGAUCAACACAUUAUGUCAAGCUCAGACAAAAAUGGGACUGCAAACCAAACUGUAUCCUCUGAACCCUAAAGCCAUGAGCGUGAUUGAACUUUAUGGUAUUCUGGACCCAGACACUCGAGACUGGACUGAUGGGAUUUUAUCCAACAUCUUCCGUGAAAUUAACAAGCCUACUGACAAAAAAGACAGGAGGUACAUCCUGUUUGAUGGGGAUGUGGAUGCUCUGUGGGUCGAAAAUAUGAACUCAGUGAUGGAUGACAACAAGCUUCUGACUCUAGCCAAUGGAGAAAGGAUCCGUUUACAAAAUCACUGUGCUCUGCUGUUUGAGGUUGGAGAUCUGCAGUAUGCUUCCCCAGCUACUGUUUCCCGCUGUGGAAUGGUAUUUGUUGAUCCUAAAAACCUGCGAUAUACCCCAUUCUGGCAAAGAUGGGUGAACAGCAGACCUGAUAAGGAACAAGAAGUGCUUAAUAGUCUGUUUGAGAAAUAUGUCCACAGCUCUAUUGACAUGAUUGUGGAUGGUGUUGUUGAUGGGAAACAAGGAGAGAAACUUAAGACUGUUGUUCCCCAGACAGAUCUGAAUAUGGUCACUCAGUUGUGCUUAACACUGGAUGCACUUCUUGAGAGUGAAAACAGCACUCCCGAAGUCCUGGAGUGUUACUUUCUGGAAGCUCUGUACUGUUCACUUGGGGCUACAUUGCUGGAGAGUGGUAGGAUCCAGUUUGAUGAGUUCAUCAAAAAGCUGUCCUGCCUACCUACAGUUCAUGAUGAGAAAGCCCGGGCUGCGCCUGGUGAGAUCCCAGGAUACCUCCCAACCUUGUAUGAUUUUCACUUUGAUGGAACACAGGGGAAGUGGGUUCCCUGGAAUUCUCUGGUCCCCAAAUACAUCCACAACCCUGAAAUGAAGUUCAUUGAUAUCUUAGUGCCAACUAUUGACACAACAAGAACCAGUUGGAUCCUGGAGCAGAUGGUGAAGAUAAAGAGGCCGCUGUUACUGGUUGGAGAGUCUGGCACUUCCAAGACUGCCACUAUUCAUAACUUUAUGAAGAAUAUUAAUGCAGAAACAAGUAGUACUCUUGUCAUCAACUUCUCCUCUAGAACAACAUCAUUGGAUCUGCAGAGAAACCUCGAAGCCAAUGUGGAGAAAAGGACUAAAGAGACCUAUGGACCUCCCAUGGGGAAGAGACUCCUGAUCUUUAUGGAUGACAUGAAUAUGCCAAAGGUGGAUAACUAUGGCACACAGCAGCCUAUUGCGCUUCUAAAGCUGCUUUUGGAUCGAGGAGGAAUAUAUGACAGAGGAAAGGAGCUUAACUUCAAAAUCCUCAAGGAUCUUGGCUUUAUUGCUGCCAUGGGAAUGGCAGGAGGUGGGCGAAACGAGGUGGAUCCUCGCUUCAUCUCACUCUUCAGUGUCUUUAGCGUCCCCUUCCCUACAAUGGAGUCCCUCCACCUUAUCUACGGUUCUAUUUUAAAAGGCCACACCAGGCUGUUUGAGGACACCAUACAGAAAGUUUGUGAUCAGGUCACGUCCUGCACACUGGAGCUCUACAACACCAUCAUCAAAGAUAUGCCACCCACUCCCUCCAAAUUCCACUACAUCUUCAACCUGAGAGACCUGUCAAGAGUGUACAAUGGACUCACCCUCACCAAACCGGACAGGUUUUUGACUGUAGCCCAGUUUGUACGUGUGUGGAGAAAUGAGUGCUUGAGAAUCUUCCAUGACAGACUCAUUGAUGAAACUGACAAAGCUUUGGUCCAAAGGCACAUAAACAACAUGACUGAGGAGCAUUUCAAGUCAGACAUGGAGGCAGUUAUGAGAGACCCAAUUCUUUUUGGAGACUAUAGGACAGCCCUCAGUGAUACUGAACCAAGGGUGUAUGAGGACAUACAAGACUAUGAUGCUUCAAAAGCCCUGUUUCAGGAAAUCUUAGAGGAAUACAAUGAGAGCAAAUCGAGGAUGAACCUAGUGCUCUUUGACGAUGCUCUGGAACAUCUGACCCGAGUUCACCGCAUCAUCCGUAUUGAUCGUGGCCAUGCUCUGCUUGUUGGUGUGGGGGGCUCUGGCAAGCAGUCCCUUACCAAGCUGGCUGCCUUUGCUGCUGGCUGUGAGGUAUUUGAGAUAACGCUGAGCAGAGGAUACAGUGAGUCUAACCUCCGUGAAGACCUAAAAACUCUGUACUUGAAGCUUGGCAUUGAGAAUAAGAAGACCGUGUUUCUUUUUACUGAUGCUCACGUUGCUGAGGAAGGCUUCUUGGAGCUCAUUAACAACAUGCUUACCUCAGGCAUUGUUCCUGCAUUGUUUCCCGAUGAUGAGAAAGAAUCCAUUCUCAACCAGCUUCGAGACGAAGCUCUUACAAUGGGAUCAGAUCCCUCUAAAGAGAGUGUGUGGCAGUACUUUGUCAACAAGAGUGCCAACAAUCUACACAUUGUUUUAGGCAUGUCUCCAGUGGGAGAUACCCUGAGGACACGCUGCAGGAACUUCCCAGGACUGAUGAACAACACUGUAAUAGAUUGGUUCCUUCCAUGGCCUCCGCAGGCAUUACUUGCAGUAGCUCAGUCUUUUCUUGGUGAAAGUCCGAUGAUACCAGAUGCACACUCUGCAGCUGUUAUAGAUCAUGUAUGCAUGGUCCACAGCUCUGUGGAUCACUACAGCAAGCUAUUCCAGCAAAAACUCAGACGCUGCAACCACGUAACUCCAAUGAACUACUUGGACUUUAUUAACACCUAUUCCAAACUCUUAGAGGAAAAAGACCAAUUUAUUCUCGCUCAGUGCAAGCAUCUGGAGGGAGGUUUGGAUAAACUGAAGGAAGCCAGUGAACAGCUGGCUGAACUGAAUGUGAAGCUGGCAGAUCAGAAAGUUGUCCUGGCUGAAAAGUCCACGGCAUGUGAAGCCCUGCUGGACGAGAUUGCCGCCAACACAACAGUAGCUGAGGAAAAAAAGGUUCUGGCAGAAGACAAAGCUAAAGAGAUUGAGGAGCAAAAUAAAGUCAUAGCUGUUGAGAAGAAAGAAGCUGAGAGUUCCUUAGCUGAAGCUCUGCCAGCAUUAGAGGCCGCACGUAAUGCCCUGCAAGACCUGGAAAAAUCUGAUGUAACAGAGAUCCGAUCAUUUGCCAAGCCACCCAAACAGGUGCAGGUGGUUUGCGAGUGCAUCCUGGUGUUGCGUGGCAACAAAGAAAUCAGUUGGCAGUCAGCAAAAGGGAUGAUGUCAGAAGCGAACUUCCUGCGCUCCCUGAUGGAGAUGGAUUGUGAUGCGAUCACUAACAACCAGGUCAGGACAGUCAGGGGCUAUCUAAAGAACCUCCACACAAGCUUUGAGGAAAUGCAGGCCAUCAGUAAGGCCGGCUCAGGAAUGCUCAAGUUUGUCGAGGCAAUCAUGGGUUACUGUGAUGUUGCUAGGGAGAUAAAACCCAAAAGAGAAAAGGUGGCUCGCCUAGAGAGGAACUUCUUUCAGAGUAAGCGGGAGCUGGAGUGCAUUCAGAGUGAGCUCAGCAACAUACAGAAAGAAUUGCAGACUCUUAGUGAGAAAUACCAAGCUGCUAUUUGCGAGAAGCAGCAGUUGCAGGAGGAGGCUGAGGUGAUGGAGAGGAGAUUGAUAGCUGCUGACAAACUCAUCUCUGGGCUGAGCUCUGAGAAUAAACGGUGGACAAAUGAUUUGGAGGGAUUGAAGCAGCGGCGUGUGCGUCUCCUGGGUGACUGUUUGCUUGCUGCUGCAUUUCUGAGCUAUGAAGGGGCAUUCAGCUGGGACUUCAGGAAUGAGAUGGUAUACCAAAAGUGGGUUAAAGAUGUGCAGGAGAGAGGCAUCCCCUUGAGCCAGCCUUUCAAAGUAGAAAACCUUCUUACUGAUGAGGUCGAAAUCAGCAGAUGGGGCUCAGAGGGUUUGCCUCCAGAUGAAUUGUCCGUGCAGAACGGGAUUCUCACAACCAGAGGGAGUCGAUUUCCCAUGUGUAUUGACCCCCAGCAACAAGCCCUCAACUGGAUUAAGAAGAAGGAAGAAAACAAUAAUCUCAAGGUCUCAUCUUUCAAUGAUCCUGACUUCCUGAAACAACUAGAGAUGGCCAUCAAGUACGGGUUCCCAUUCCUUUUCCAAGAUGUGGAUGAAUACAUCGACCCAGUGAUUGACAAUGUCCUGGAGAAGAAUGUGAAAGGAGCAGAGGGAAGACAGGUCAUCAUGUUGGGUGACAAAGAGGUCGACUACGAUCCCAAUUUUAAACUCUACCUCAACACUAAUUUAGCUAACCCCAAAUACUCUCCAUCUGUGUUUGGAAAAGCCAUGGUCAUUAACUAUACUGUGACCCUUAAGGGGCUGGAAGACCAGCUGUUGAGUGUUAUCAUGGGGUUUGAGAAGAAGGAGCUAGAGGAGCAGCGAGAGUGUUUAAUCCAAGAGACAAGUAACAACAAGAAGCUGCUUAAAAACCUCGGAGACACCUUGCUCAGAGAGCUGGCCACAUCUACAGGCAACAUGUUGGACAACACAGAGCUCAUUGAAACACUGGAGAAGACGAAGCUGAAAGCCAGUGAGGUAUUUGAGAAACUAAAGUUGGCUGAGAAGACGUCCAAGGACAUUGAUAAACUUAGAGAUGGCUACCGUCCUGCAGCCAAGCGUGGCGCUAUCCUGUUCUUCGUGCUGACAGAAAUGGCUGUGGUGAACAGCAUGUACCAGUACUCACUUGCCUCCUACCUCGAAGUGUUUGACUUUUCACUGCGGAAAUCAGUGCCAGACCCCUCCCUUCCCAACAGACUAAAGAACAUCAUGAACACUUUGACAUACAGCGUUUAUAACUAUGGCUGCACAGGAUUGUUUGAAAGCCACAAGUUGCUCUUUUCCUUUAACAUGACCAUCAAGAUCGAGCAGGCAGAAGGGAGGGUACCUCAGGAGGAGUUGGAGUUCUUUAUAAAAGGUAAUCUAUCCCUGGAAAAAAGCCAGCGCAAAAAGCCGUGUGAUUGGCUUGCCAAUCAGGGCUGGGAAGACAUUGUGAAACUUGCAGAGCUCUUUCCCGAACAGUUCAGCUCUCUGCCUGAUGACAUCGAGAAACAUCCCACUGAAUGGCAAUCUUGGUACGACUUGGAUGGACCAGAACAGGCUCCGUUUCCCAUGAAAUACAAGGGGAACCUGUCAGCCUUUCAGAAGCUGCUGUUGCUGCGCUGCUUCCGGGUUGAUAGAGUCUAUAGAGCUGUCACUGACUAUAUCACUGUUAUCAUGGGAGAGAGAUAUGUUCAACCCCCUGUGAUCAGCUUUGAUGCAAUUUAUGAUCAGAGCACACCUUUCUCCCCCAUUGUCUUCAUCUUGAGCCCUGGCUCUGACCCAGCCGGUGACCUCAUGAAACUAGCAGCCAGAUCAGGCUUUGGAGGCAAGUUCAAGUUCCUUGCAAUGGGCCAAGGCCAAGAGAAGGUGGCACUAGAUUUAUUGGAGAAAGCAGCCUCUCGAGGUCAGUGGCUGAUGCUACAGAACUGCCACCUGCUGGUAAAGUGGCUGAAGGAACUGGAAAAGGCCUUAGAGAGAAUCACCAAGCCCAACCCUAACUUCCGCUUAUGGAUCACCACCAACCCCAUUAAAGAUUUUCCCAUUGGCAUACUUCAGAAAUCUCUAAAGGUAGUGACAGAGCCCCCCAACGGCCUCAAGCUUAACAUGAGAGCCACAUACUCUAAAAUCUCCCAUGAGGCCUUGACCACAUGCCCGCACCCUGCUUUCUCCAGCCUGGUGUUUGUUCUUGCCUUCUUCCAUGCUGUGGUGCAAGAGAGACGGAAAUAUGGAAAAAUUGGCUGGAAUGUCCCAUACGACUUCAGCGAGUCUGACUUUUCUGUGUGUAUGGAGAUCCUGAACACCUAUCUGACAAAAGCUCAUGACCAAGGAGACAUCAAUAUACCCUGGGGAAGUCUUAAAUAUCUUACUGGGGAGGUAAUGUAUGGCGGCCGAGCAAUAGAUAGCUUUGACCGCAGGAUCUUGACUGUCUACAUGGAUGAGUACUUUGGAGACUUCCUCUUCUACACUUUCCGGCAGUUCCACUUCUUCAAAAACAAAGAUGUAGAUUACAAAAUCCCUCCAACUGGACCAAAAAACGUCUAUGUUGAUGAGAUUGAAGCCAUGCCACUGGCAAACACACCAGAGGUUAUGGGUCUCCAUUCCAACGCGGAGAUAGGAUACUACACAAAUGCAGUUAAGGAGAUGUGGACUCACCUGAUAGACCUUCAACCUCAGACGGGUGAAUCUGGUGGACAGAUCAGCAGGGAUGAGUACAUCAGCCAGGUGGCCCAGGACAUUCAGAACAAGCUCCCGCAGUUAUUCGACAUGGAUGUGAUCCGGAAAAAGUUUGGCAUGGACAUUUCUCCGACCUCGGUGGUUCUCCUUCAGGAACUAGAGCGCUUUAACAAACUGGUGGUCCGCAUGCAGCUCUCUCUGGCUGAGCUGCAGAGGGCCUUGGCUGGUGAGGUGGGGAUGAGCAGCGAGUUGGAUGAGGUCGCUCGAUCCCUUUUUAAUGGUCACAUUCCGGUCAUUUGGAAGAAGCUGGCACCUGACACUCUUAAGUCUCUUGGUAACUGGAUGUCCCAUUUCAAAAGGCGAUAUGAGCAGUAUAACUGUUGGGUGAAUGAGGGCGAGCCAAAAGUUAUGUGGCUAUCAGGACUACAUAUCCCUGAAUCUUACCUCACUGCUCUGGUCCAAGCUGCGUGCAGGAAAAAUGGGUGGCCUCUGGAUCUCUCAACACUGUACUCAGAAGUUACCCAUCAUCAGAGUGAGGAUGAAGUCGCCGAAAGACCCAGACAGGGUUGCUUUCUGUCCGGCCUGUAUCUGGAAGGAGCCGACUGGGACAUAGAGAAGUGCUGCUUAGUGAAGAGUAAACCAAAAGUUUUGAUCGUUGAACUGCCCAUCCUCAGAGUCAUUCCCAUAGAGACGCGCCGCCUCAGGCUACAGAAUACGCUGCGGACACCUGUCUACACCACUUCGUUGCGGAGGAAUGCAAUGGGUGUGGGCUUGGUGUUUGAGGCAGACCUGUUCACCACCAUGCACCUUUCUCAUUGGGUACUCCAGGGAGUCUGCUUGUGCCUCAACACUGACUAAAGACAACUGUCAACGCCACUGAGCUGAUUACUUGUAGCAUAGUCAGCUGAAAAUGUUAGUUAAAGAUAGCAAUGUCUGCUUCCUGCUUCAUGUAGAAAAAUACUUAAACAUAGCCUGUGUAAUACAUUUUAUUUUAUUGUUGUUUUAUAACUUUAAUUAUUUGCCUCACUAGAUGGCAGCACAUAACAGAGGCAGUAGCUUCAGGCUGAUCAACAUCUCUAGGGAUUUGUCUUUGAAGCUACGGUUGACUAAUCUGCUGAAAUGUUAAGGCUGUGAAUGAAUAAAUAAAUGGUUUUUACUUGUGU